ACGACUCCUCCAUAUACCCAUAAUUUCCAUAAUGUCGUCCUCAGACCCUAACCGCCAAAACGAAGAAGACGCCUUCAUUGACGCCGACGAGGCAGAAGAGGUCUUCACCCGCGAUGAAGACCACCCCAUGGAGUCCGACGGCGAAGAUGUCGAUGGUGACCAAGAAAUGACGUUUGAAGACCAAGAGAUUGAGCUCCAUAAUGACUCUGCUGCCCACUUCGACGCUCAUACAGAUUCAAUCUUCUGUAUCGCGCAACACCCAAUCCAUAAUGCCAUUGUUGUUACGGGGUCAGGAGAUGACAGCGCCUACCUUUUCGACUCAACCCCGAAUUCUGAGAAGCCAGUCCUACCUGCCAGCUACGAGAGUGAUCCACAGCCGCGGAGGGAGCGAGAAUCGCUGCAGCCUUUGUUGAGGAUGGAAGGACAUAGUGACAGUGUCAAUGCGGUAGCGUUUACUGAGCCGCGCGGCGAGUAUGUUCUUACGGCAGGACUUGAUGGGAAGCUGCGUGCUUGGAGAGAUACAACACCGAAGCUUGACGGAAUGGCGUGGGCGUUUGUGGCUGAAGUACAGGAGGUAGAGGAAAUCAACUGGGUUGCUGUUUGUCCCACCGGAAGUGGACAAGGCGAGAACGACGAGAAGGCGAACGUUAUUGCGCUUGGUGGUAGCGAUGGCAGUGCGUGGGUGUUCCGGAUUAAUCAUAAAGACGCGUCGGAGCCCAUAUCGAUUGUGCAGAGUUUCUUCCAGCACACAGGCCCUUGUACUGCUGGGGCGUGGACGCCUGAUGGAAACCUUCUUGCAACUGUCUCCGAGGACGGUAGCUUCUAUGUUUACGAUGUGUUUGGUGCUGCUGCGGCCGCUGGCGUCUCAUACUCUGCUGGAACGAGUGCGGUUGUCGGAUUGACGGCCGAGGAUCAGCGGUUUGCUGUUGAGGGUGGUCUCUACUCUGUUGCGAUUGCACCCGGUGGUGGCUUUGCAGCUGUCGGUGGGGCUGAGGGGCACAUCAAAAUCGUCGGCCUUCCGCGUCUCGGCCAAGCUGGUGCUGGUGCCGGCGCCGGUGCUUCUUCCAAAGCAAAAGGCAGGCCUGCUACACAAACCUCCGCUGCUACAGCGGGUACUCUUCUCGCGUCGCUUCAGCCUCAGACGGACAGCGUCGAGACCCUCUCAUUUUCCGCUCCUCCGUUAACUCUGCUUGCGGCUGGCUCUGUUGAUGGCUCGAUUGCGCUCUUCGACACAGCUCAUCGGUUCGCUGUUCGUCGACAUAUCAAGGAGGCACACGAGGGUGCCGUGGUGAAGGUUGAGUUCUUACAAAGUCGCGCGGCGGUCGCACCAUCAGUUCGCCCGAGUCCUUUGGCUGCGGCGACUGCGGGUCACCGGUCAUAUCUCCUAACAUCCGUUGGUAUCGACGGUGUUGUCAGAAGAUGGGAUGCUCGUGGUGGCACUACCGCCGCUGCCCAGGGAAUGUUGACUGAAUGGAAAGGGCAUCUUGGCCUCACAGAAAACGACGAGGGCGAACAAGCGGGUGGAAUCAUGGGUUUUGUUCAGGGAUUUGAUGGAAAGAGGGUAGUUACGGCUGGUGAUGAUGGUAUCUCAUUGGUUUUCGAGGAGUAGUUGGUUUAGAUAUUGACCUGGUUGAGUCGAUUCGUAUAUAGACAAAUCAUUAUGGUAUUUCUGCUGGUC